AUGCUAGCCAAGCUGCGCGGCUUCACUCUGACUCACCGGUACCUCUACCUGGCUGUAGGUGGCUGUGUGCUGGCCUCAGUCACCAUGGGUCCGUACAGCAGCAUAGUGCUUGUCCCUGCGCUCAGCUCCGCUCUCCUGGCCUAUGCCCUGCAGCCGCAGGAUGUUCACCCAUGGAUGCUGGGCAUUCACAUGUGCUGGCAGACCUUCUGGCAUCUCAGCAUCCAGUACAGCGAGUACUGGCUGCAGGAGUCGUGUGACGGCAGGCUGCUCCUGGCAGUGUCCGCACUGAUGCUGCUCACCCAACGUGCGACAUCCAUGUCCAUGGACCUCCAGGAGGGCAAGGUCCUGCCCCCGCUGUCGGGGGGUGCUGUGCUAGGCAGGGCCUGUGCUGUGCUGCCUUACCUCAGUUACAGCCUCUACUUCCCUGCCCUGCUGGGGGGGCCCCUGUGCUCCUUUGCCCAGUUCGUGCACUUCGUGGAGCAGAGUGCCAGCAGCCGCCCUCCCUCACCGCUGCGGGACAUUCUCUCCAAGGCUCUCUCAGUGGCAUCUUUGGAAUGGGCUAGGCGCCUCCUCAGAGACCUCCUCAUCUCCUACUCCCCAAGUCUCGGGUGUCUCGGUCAGGUGCUGUGGGUGUGGACCUUGUCCGUGGCUUUGAGGAUGAGGUACUACUCGCACUGGGCCUUGAGCGACUGUCUGAACAACGCAGUGGGGCUUGGAUUCAGUGGCUACAGUCAACACGGGACCCCUCUGUGGGACGGCCUUUCAGACGGAGAGCCAUGGAUGGUGGAACCAUCUAGCCGGCUCUCUCAGUUCACUCGUAAGUGGAACAGAACCACAGCCGCCUGGCUACGCAGACUGAUCUUCCAGAGGUACAGAACCACACCGCUAGCGCUAACCUUUGCCUUUUCUGCCUGGUGGCAUGGGUUGCACCCCGGUCAGGUAGUGGGCUUCAUGGUCUGGGCGGCCGCCGUGCAAGCAGACUACCGAAUCCACAACUACUUGCGCCCCCUGGUGGAUUCUCGGGGGAAGAAGCUGGUUUAUACAUGUCUGAGUUGGGUACUUACACAGCUGGUAAUUGCAUGCAUCAUGAUUGCGGUGGAGUUUCGCAGUGUUGUGUCUUUAUUAUUGCUGUGUAGAAUGCAUGCAUGCUUGUUUCCGCUGAUAUAUAUACUGACACCUUUUCUUAUGAAACGGCAGUAAUCCAUCCCUCCAUCCAUCGUCCUGGACAGGAUCUUGGUGGGAGGGGCACGGCUGUGGUGUAUGUUCAAAGUAAACAGUAUGCAGGGUAAAUUUUAGUUAAAGCAUGAU